GUCGCUUCGUCCCGCUCGCGCCCGGCCCCGCAACUGUCGGCGUUCCACCAAAAAUGAAGCAACAGUGUUCGUUACAACUUGCCAAGGAACGGUGUGCUUCGUUCCGUUUUCGGUUCGCGCUUGUGUUCGUCCUAAUAUUGUUAAAUAAUAACAAUUCCCAAAGAUAAAUAUUUAUUCAGUGAGGAGAUGUGUUUCGUGUGUUUAUAACUUUAAUUAUACUUUCGACCGGAUUCGAAAGCGAAAAUGUCUCUGCCGAACGGUGUUGAUGUAUCUCAGCUGGUGCAGCAUCCAGUCUUAGCUGCUCUGCCGCCUUUCUUCCUGCGAGCCUCCGAGAGAUAUCAGCGGACCCCGAAGUGCGCGAGGUGCCGCAACCACGGCGUGGUAUCUGCGUUGAAGGGCCACAAGCGAUACUGUCGCUGGCGAGACUGCGUCUGCGCAAAAUGCACACUCAUCGCUGAGAGGCAGCGGGUCAUGGCUGCACAGGUGGCGUUGAGACGUCAGCAGGCUCAAGAAGAGAACGAAGCUCGAGAGCUGAACCUGUUGUACGGAGGUCAGCCGUCUGCUGGACCGCACUUUCCAGAAUUAAAUGACGAACCAGUUCAAAAACGCGCCCGAAUCACCGAGGUAUCCUCCAGUCCAUCACCACCCGAGACCCAGGAUUCCAAGACCCCGAUGAGGACUUCCCCUCUAGACUCGCCCCCUCCACGAUCUCCGUCAGACCAUGAAUUGAACGUGGAGGAAGAAUUGGAGCAUUCGGAACCUUCAUUGACGCCAGAAAAUCUGUCGCUCAAAGAAAGGCAGGAUGAGGUAAAGAAAGAGGACGACGAUAAAUGGGACAAUAACUUCAAGUACAGACGUGGUAAACAGGAGGGUCACACGCCAGAGUCUCUGGAAGACACCACACCCUUCCAAAAAUCACCCGUUGAUGUCCUCAUUAAAGUAUUUCCCAGGCGGAGCAGACAGGAAAUAGAAGUCAUCCUCGCCAGAUGUAAAGGGGACGUUGUGGCCGCUAUGGAAACUAUGGUUAACGGCCCAGAAUCCUCCUACAUGACUCCAGAUUCACCCUACAUGAACUACCAGUCCAAGUCUGCGUUCUCUCCGCUCUCUAAUCACAGCUUUAAGUUCUCGCCUUCUAGAAGAUUCCUUACUCCUCCCUACAGCGGAACAGGAUAUUUACCUACGGUGAUAAGACCACCUCCAGAAUAUAUGUCUUCGUUUCUACCACCUUCUGAGCUGAUGUAUGGCAGGCAGCUGCAGGUGCCAUCUCCUGGUACUUCUCCUACCUCUGAUAAUACGAAUAAUGAAGGCUUCUCCGAUUAGGGUUUGCAAAAUUGGACAGUGCUGUAGCUGUCUUAUGAUAUUCACUGUAAAUACUAAGAAAUGGUCACUUUGAAAUGAGGUAAUUCGUUCUUCUAGCAAAAUAAUAAAUAGCUUAGGAGACACGUUCAUUAAAGUUGUAAUAUAUCAAUAGUAUCUUUAAUAUCCUUUUAAGGAAAUAAUAUUACUUCAUAUUGAAUUAUUUUGAAAGUAAAAAAGAUGCUUUUGACGAUUAUAAUUACUGAUAUUUUUUUUUGCUACAACAGUAGUUAUGUAAGAUUUCGUUCUUACAUUGUAUAAAUAAAGUUAUUAAGAUAAUAAAUAAAAACUUAAGUGAUAUAGGUAUUAAAUUACCAAUUGUAAAUAUGACUACUGAAUUAAAAUAAUUAUAGUAGAAUUUAUUGAUUAAGAUUUAACUAAGUAUACGUUAUUAUUAAAUUAAUAAUUGUCAUUUCUGUAUUUUGGUUGGACUUAAUAGUUUACAAAGCGAUACUUACAAAUUAUAACGUGUUUGCAAUUGUUAUUCUGCAGUAAACCGCCACAACCAUCUCUUUACUCUGAAAAUUCCAUUAAUUCUAAAGUUUCAUAGACGAGUAUUCUAAGAAUCUUUUAAUAGCAAAUCGUGCUUUCAUACGUGGAAAUAAAAUCCACAUAACACGACACACGUUUAUUAACCAAAUAAGUCUUUUGUAUAGAGUUUGUCAUAAAAUUGUAUUUCAUGUAAUUUGAUAAAUAUAAAAAAAAUACCCUAGCAGAGAUAUAUGAAAAAAAAAAACGUGUUUAUUUGUAGAGUUCAAUUGACUUAUCCAAAAUAAGUCUCAUACUAAAUAGGACAGUGUUUUUUUCCACAAAUUAAAAUUUACACAAUAUUUAUGUUAUGUGUUUGCCUAAUGUGUUUAAUUAUUCAUAUUUAAUGUUACGUCACAAUAUCAACUGCGUCAAACGUAUUGGUUAUGUAAAAAUAAAUACCUUAUGUAUACGUAAUUAUUAUAGGUUUCGUGAUAUUACAAACAUUGAAGUCACCCGUAUAAAACCUAUGUUAAUAGUUUUGGCCCACACUCAACUAUAGGAGGCAAGAAAUAUUAGAUACGCUUUUAAUAAAAUUGUGACUUUUCAAAUAAGUGAAAUACUGGCGCAAGGGGGUUUUAUUGAAUUUCAAUAAAAAUGAAAUUCUCGGACUAAAUAUUUAGUUUACUUUUUUCAUAAAACCAAUGAACAAGUUUAAUAAAUGUUUAGUAAGUUAAAAAUAACUUUCUAUCUAAUUUAAAUACAAGAUAUAAAAAUUAACAUGGAACCGAUGUAAUGAAUUACUAAAAAUGUCGAUGUAUUUUCCUAAAUAAUUUCUUUUAGAACACUUCUUCCUUCCAUUUAACUAUUACGAAACGUUAGAUUCACUUCCGGCACACGCAUGAUAAAUGAAUAUGUAAAUAUUGUACAAAUACGAAACAAUAUUCAUAUUUUGAUGUAAUUCACCUUACA